UUCUCUAAAAAAAUCACAAUGAAAUUUCCUGGACUUCUUUUUUCUUCUCUUAAGUGUAUCUAUAAUGAACGUUAUUUUUUCUAUGCCUUUUUAUCUGCACCAACUGUUGCUUUUGAUAUGCUCAUUCAGAAAAGAGUUACAUUUUCUUCUUCAUACAGCCGUCUAGGACAUCCCUAGGACAGUUAGGCUGACAGAACGUGAGGGGAGUAUGAAAAAGGUGGAACUUGGGGACUAAAUAUUUGAAUCAAGUUUAGAUAAUGUCUUCAGAAAAAUUGUGUAGCCAGGAGUGUCUCAUCAAAGCAGAACCAUCGGUUUCAUUUUCUCAAUGGACUGCACGUCAUGUAGUUACCUGCCCGUAGCACAGGCAGCAUGUCGCUGUGGUGUGAGCCGGAUCUGACAAGAGCAGGAAACGACCGCUUUCUUUUUAUGGUUGGAGGAGUUACGUCAUCGCUGAGGAGGAGGUUUGCAGCCAAACGGUUACAUGACAACAUGCACCACUGAUAGAGGAUGCAGAGGAGAAUGCGAGAGGGUGAAUCAGUCAGAAAAUCCAGGGGAUGCAGACAGAAAUGCAAAGGGAAAGAGGGACAGCAUGAGGAUGCAUGCUGAUGAAAGAAAAAAUAUGGAACACCAUUUGUGCCAAGUAUAAUAACCAUGUAGGAGGACUGUGGUGUAUGGCUGGAACAGUAAUCUGUCAAAUGGUUAGAUGGUAGGUUAGAUGAAGCUUUGGCCUUCAGUUUACAGUUAGUGUCUCCUUAUAAAAUAACAUGCAGUACCACAUUUCCUCUAUUUCACGAAAGUAAUUAUUUAUGGGUAUCUACAGAAAAAUGUAGCAAAUUAUGAUAGAAAUGAAAUGAAGGAAUUGCAUAAAAAUAUUGCAGAAUUUUUUUUUUCACUUCAGCCUUACUUUGCAGAUGAAAUACCUAGUUUAAAUAAUUAUAAAAAACAUAUGUGUCAUGUUAAUUGAAAAAUUAUUUUCAAAUUAUGUCUUUACACCCCCAUAAGACUAAACAAGGUUGCUUCUUAUGAUGCAGUUUUGAAGGAUUUUUAUACAAAAAAAACUGUAGUUAUUUCAAAUUUACUACACAUUAAAUUAUUUUUUAUUUAGAAGACUUUGGAGCACAAAGAAAACAAUAUUUUAAUUUGGUAUUUUUUUGCCUAAAAAAAUGGCAGGAAAUAAUGGCAUACAUGGUGUUCCAUACAAGAGUGGGUAAAACAACAGAGCUGCAGAAUCCUGAAUCCAGCAAAGGAGAGUCCAUGUCCUUGUUUUGUGGUGAUCCGUGGGAGCAACAUGCAGUUCGCACCACUGCCUCACACUGCUGCAGUGGAGGAGUAAAUGCGGAGCCUAGUGCUGCUCCAGGUGAUCCACAGCACCCCAGCAGACUGCUCCCUCUUCAGCCUCCCCUCUCCUCCACUUCCUCCUUCUGCACCUCUUCCUCCUUUUCCACCUCCACUCCCUUCUCCUCCCCAUCAGCCUCCUGCCGGUGCUUCAUUCCUUAGAGGGCUUUGGAUGAAACAUAAGAAAAGGAGAAAUAAGAAGCAAAAAUCCUUGUCUCCCCCUCCGUUCUCAGAUGUGACACACCUCUACUUGACUGUCAGCCGCUUCCUCGUCUUCGUGUGAAAACGCGCCGCAUAUGUGCCCCAAUGUCUCUGGAACAUAGGCUCUCUACAGGACCAGCAGUCAUCUACUUGGUCCCCACCUCGAAAAUUCAAUGAAGGCAGACAUCUCCCUCCUUCCAGGAACAUGAAGGGCUUAUCGGGCAGCCGUUCACAGCACCAUAUUCCUUUAUCCCAUGGGUUGGACUAUGACCCUCACGUCCAUGACCUUCACGCUCACCAUGGCUCGGAUACACGUUACCUCUCAUACCUACUCAGCCCCACAGAGAGCUGCCCCAUUGAUUUCCACCACCGCUACUCGCCUCGCAGCUCUGUCCAUUCAGACCGGAUGAUGAUGGCCCCCGUCACCAUGCCCCCACCGGCUGUGUCGGACCACAUCUCAAGCAGCACCUUCCCAAGAAUGCACUAUAGCUCUCAAUACUAUGACUCAGUCACACGCGAUGACUGCGCUGCCAUCACAGCCUCUGCCACCUCCCCAGCUGUUGCUGCGGCUGCAGCUGCAGCAGCUGCUUCCUCGCACCAUUCAAGCACCAAGAGCAACCGCCUUCCUGCAAAUCUGUUAGACCAAUUUGAGAAGCAACUGCCAUUACAACGUGACGGCUUCCACACGCUACAGUACCAGCGUGCCUCCACAGCUGCAGAGCAACGAAGUGAGAGUCCUGGCCGCAUCAGACACCUGGUUCAUUCUGUGCAAAAGCUUUUCACCAAGUCUCACUCCUUAGAGGGGUCAUCCAAGAUGAAUGGCACAAAAGGGGAUAUAAUUGGAGGUGGAGGGGGAACAGGAGGUUAUUACCAUCAUAGUCACCACUCCACCAAACAUGGCAGCAAGAGAAGCAAAAGUAAAGAACGGAAGCAUCGGUCAGGUGGUUGGUGGAGCUCGGAUGAUAAUUUAGAUAGUGACAGCACCUACCGCCCAUCUAGUGUCAUGUCACGACACCAUGGAGAACACGUCGAUCACUGUUAUCCAGAUUCCAUGCACAGCCAUCACUUUGGAGAGAUGUCACUCAAAGGUUCUAAGAGUAACAAUGAUGUCAAGUGUUCAGCCUGUGAGAGCAUGGCCAUGGCACCAGAGGGCAAAUAUAUGAAGAGAAGCUCAUGGUCCACAUUAACAGUGAGCCAGGCCAAGGAAGCAUAUAGGAAGUCAUCCCUCAACUUAGACAAACCCAUAAUGCACACAGACCUCAAAAUUUCAUCGAGAACGCCUCACUACCUUCAGGUGCCCCAGGAUGACUGGGGAGGAUAUCCUGGUGAAAAAGAUGAGGAGAUUCCAUGUAGGCGCAUGCGGAGUAGUAGCUACGUCAAAGCUAUGGGAGAGGUGGAUGAUGAAAGUGGGGAGUCUGACACCAGUCCAAAGAUGUCUCCCGUCUCAAAAACUGUUCGCCCUGAUGCCCUUGUCCUCAAAUCAGCAAUGCAGAGACCCCAUUUAGAAUCUCAGAGCCAGGGUUAUCACCUGCAGACGAGAGAUAUGCGAUCUCACCCAAGUGUCACACUGAAUCCUGCCCCCUCCUUUCAUCCUCCGCCUUUUCGAUCACGCAAUCAAAGCUACAUGCGUGCGGUCAGCACCCUCAGCCAGGCUAGCUGCGUAAGCCAGGUGAGUGAGACUGAGAUCAAUGGCCAGUUUGAGUCAGUUUGCGAGUCCGUUUUUAGUGAAGUAGAAUCCCAGGCAAUGGAGGCCUUGGACCUGCCUGGUUCGUUCCGCACACGAAGCCACAGUUACCUCCGUGCAAUUCAGGCUGGUUAUUCCCAGGAUGAUGACUGCUUGCCUUCAAUGACAUCCUCCACUGUCACUUCAACUCUCAGAUCCACAACAGGGACCCGUAGCUUAGCUGGGGGGCGUAGAGAGUACGGGAUUCAGUUUCGUCUCCCGACUGCAUGCAGCGUGGACCGUGCUCAGCCACCUCCAGUGGUGUCAUAUCCACCAAGUUACAAGAAGACUCCACCUCCUGUGCCCCCACGCACCACCACCAAGCCUCUUAUCUCUGUGACAGCCCAGAGCAGCACAGAGUCCACCCAAGAUGCCUACCAGGGGGGCAGGCAUCCACGAGGUGGUCUGUGGACAACAGACAGCCUCGGCCGCCCCAUCUACAGCUCCAUGGACAGCCUCGACAGCGCCAAGGCAGUCACCAUGGUCAUGGAGACAGGAGCAAGCAAGAGGCAUGCAUCUUUAGGCAGCCACACGUCUGUGCAGACAUGCGACAAAGCGGUGCUGGUGUCCAAGGCUGAGGAGUACCUCAAAACACCACGUUCUUCUAUUGGUAUACAAGUGGAACCUGCUACAGACACAGAGGCUGAUAAAACAGGUCUUCCUCAGUUCCACUCUAUAGGGAUCCAAGUGGAAGACAAGAAGCGACGUGGAAGGUUCAAGCGCUCCAACAGUGUGACAACUGCAGUACAGGCAGAUUUGGAGCUAGAGGGCUUUCCUUCUAUGGAAGACAAAGGUCUGCAGUUUGGUGGUGGCUUUGGUCGCCACUCGGAGCCCAGCACUCCAACUCAGUAUGGAGCCAUCCGAACGGUGCGUACACAGGGCCUGUUUAGUUACAGAGAAGACCAUCGACCUUCUAGUCGGCCUACUAGCCCGCAACCUGAACCCUGGCUGGUGGAGCCCAGCCUGGAGAGCACGGACACAGGCAGAGUGUCGCCACUUCGCAGGGAUGGGAGCUGGUUCAUGCAGCUCCUUCACAAUGAAACCAAAAGGUUGGAGGGAUGGUGCAAGGACAUGGAGCAAGAAGCAGAGGACAAUGACCUGUCGGAGGAAAUCUUAGGAAAAAUCAGAAGUGCUGUUGGAAGUGCCCAGCUUUUAAUGUCACAAAAGUUUCAGCAAUUUUACUGGCUGUGCCAGCAGAAUAUGGACCCCAGCGCCAUGCCCAGACCCACAUCUCAGGACUUGGCUGGAUUCUGGGAUCUUCUGCAGCUUACCAUCGAUGAUGUUACUGCCAAGUUUGACGAGCUGCAGGAGAUCAAAAAUAACCAGUGGAAUCUGUUAGAAAGCCCAGAGAAGGAACGAAAGUGGCCACCCCCUCUCCCAAAGAGAUCAGCCAAGGGGCGUGGCAGCGUGAUGCGCGAGCGCUCUCUGGACCUGCAGGACCGGCAGCGACAGGAAGCCCGCAGACGCCUCAUGGCUGCCAAACGAGCUGCUUCUUUCAGACAGAACUCAGCCACAGAAAGAGCGGACAGUAUCGAGAUCUACAUCCCCGAAGCUCAGACUCGUCUUUGAGGUCCCAUUUUCAUGCUCAUCUCCAACCGACACCAGCCCAUACCACCAAAUCCAGCCUGUGUGCGCUCCUUGUCGUCACCUGUCCACUGCUGCCAUUCUCAGAGUCAGAAUGCUAAAGAGUCUCUGUUUUUGUCAGCUUCAAAAGAAACGCUGAGGAAGUCUGAGAUGCUUUACAGUCACAAAGCGGCUUCAGGGUGCAUUAGUAAACCCACUCCUUUUUAUACAGAGAUGAUUAGUGGGAUUUUAAUUAUACUCUUUUGCGUCCCGGAACACUGAAAUGUCCAUCCUAAAGAACACCGGGGACUUUUUACACUGAAAAAGAUAAAGUAAUCAACCCCAAACAAGCAUCAACUCAUACAAAUGAAGUGAGGUCAGAAUCUUCGCUUUGCAUUUGCUAUUUCCACAGAGGCUGUCUUGCUGUUCAGGCAGUUGACGACAGUUGUUACAUUCAAAUUGAAACACAAAGUGCAACUUUUCUUUUAGCAGCAACAACAGUCGUGGAUCAAGUACUAAAGCUCCAAAAACACUGUAUGAAGAAAAAAAGAAAAGACUGGAUUUUGCUAGAUGUUUAAAAAUUAUAAUAGAAGGAUUUUUUUAAGGUCAAAAGAGAUGGAUCCUUGUAGAUUUAGCACUUUGAAAAUAGUGCUGUUGACCAAUGCUGCUGGUUUCAAAGUUCAGCUUAAGGUCCCAGACUAUCAUUUUUAGUCAUUUUCAAAUUAUAAGGUUUUGGGACUUUGUUUAUGUAUUAAAAUCUAUCAUUUAUUUACAGUUGGAUGCAUUUCAAUUGCAGAACAAAUAUGAAUUAUUAACAGAAUAGAGUUUUGCACAGCCUUCAAGGGCUGGUUGUGUGGAACAAUGCAUUUUUGCACCUUACAAUAUUCAUGUUUGUAUUUCCAAGGGAAAUGUAGUUUAUGAAGCUCAUGUGAUGAUGUUGCAGUUGAAAUGCAAGAACAGAUAUGGGGGAAAAAAUAACAACUACAGAAUUUCAUAUUGCUUUAUGGAUCAUAGAAACUGCACCUUGUUGCUUUCCGUUGUGUAAAUUAUAUUGUGAUUCUAAAACUUCAAUUCUAUUUAGAUAAUCUAUCAUGUGACCAAAAUCACAAUCUGCAGUAAACUAUUUAGUAUUUAUAGUAAAAAUAAAUAAAUAACUUUUAAAAAAAAGUUUAUUUUGAAGUGCAUCGGCUCUGGUGAUGAAGAUGAUGUUUCUCUGCAAACAUCCUUUACAACCUUCGUUUUGAUCUGCUCACAUAGGAAAGACAGGUGCAACUGACACUUUAACAAUGUUCAUUUAUGAUAGUAAAUGGUGCUGCUUUUUACUCUAAAACUGUUGUCCUGUACCCAGUCUUACGCGCACGCACACACACACAAACACACACGCAGACACUCAAGGACUUUUUUAAGCAGAGUUCUAAUUAUAUGGUGCACGCGGUUCCCCAGCGACUCACGAUAGACGGUGAUUUUACAAGCGAUUGACUUGCCAACGAGAAGAGUUUUAUGGUUCAGCUUCCUCUCUUGAACAAAAUGGGUUCCAGGACGUUUGCUUAUCAGAUGGGAAAGAUUACAGGAUGUGAGAUUCCAUCCACCUUAAAGGAAAAUCUAAAAUGUCAUCCUCGGCCAAAGGCUUAUUGCUACAGCUAGCUGAAAAUACAUUAUAGUGCCUGCUCACGUUUUACAGUUUGGUGCAAAACUUGCUCAAUUUUUCUCAUUUCUUAACCUAAACAUAAAGACAACAUAGUUAAUCUGAAACCCAAUGUAGAGCUUGUCUCUUUGGCCUGUUUUGUGAGGAUAUUCAGUGAGAUUUGAUUUGUUACAGAGCAGCUCACCUGGAGGACUUUUUUACUUCGGGACAGGUGUAAAAGACUCACCUUACCUGAUGGCCUUACUCAAACACUCAUGAAUGUAGAGAGGAAAAAGGUUCAACUAAACUAAAUCUACGAUUCUGUUCAUUUAGACAAGAGUCUGCUUUGAAAUGUUGAAAGUAGGCUCUUUAUUUUGAAUUAGCAAGAAUCCAAUCAGUUUUUUAUUGAUUUAAUCCAUUUAAAAAUAAAAUAAACGAUAAAAGUAAUAUUAGUUUUCUAUGUCAAAUAUAUGCUUUUCCCCUGAAAUCCAAACUAUAAUCUUAAAUUCUGAAUCUAAAAUUCUCCUAACAUUUUUAAUGAAUUUUACCAUACAAAAUAUAAAUUUAUUUAUAUUUCUAGUAACCUGCAGAUUUUUAAGAGUCAAAAUAUUGAUUUAAAACUAUACAUUUAAAAACAAAUUAGCUUUGUCUAUUACGGAUUACAUUGCAAAUAUCUUAAAAUAUUUUUAUUUAUAAAUGUGUACAGCAUAAUGAUGAAAAAAAACAAUUUAUUUUCUUUUCAGAUGGAAAGGAGGAUUUAGGGAUGAAUGCAGAAAAAAUUACAGGAACAACUGCUAUUGAAUAAAACAAAGGUAGGAAAUGUAAAAAUUUAAUUUUUAUGCUAGUUGACAUUGAUUUGUUUUUCUUUUAACGUAAAAUUGUAAUCAGAAAAGUUCUUUUUUUUUAAGUAGGAACAGGUUACAGCUUUUUUUAUUUAAUAGUACAAAAAAACUCCUGCUGCUUAUACCUCAUUACUGUGCUGUUAAAAUAUUUCUUUAAGAGCAUGACAAACUGCACCCAAUAUGGCAGCAUAAAACAUGUAUAAAAAGUUAAGAUUCCAAACUAUUUUUUUGAACUAUACUGAUAACAGUGUAGCCUGACAUCUUUUGUGUUUUUCUUUGUUUUAAGUAUAAAAGUCAAUUCCACAUUUUUUUUCCAUUUGAUCUUUUUGGACUGCCAGUUUUCCCAUUUUUUCAAAAGAGAAAAACAAAAAAAGCUUAAGGGCUUAAGGCUGUAUAGCAUUAUUUCCAGUAUUGCCACAAUAUUUUACCAUAUUUUACACAGAUUAAAAAACCCAACAUGUGGUGAGAGGUUUGAUUUAAAUGGCAAACUGUGAAAGCUGUAGAUGUCUUUUCCAUCAAGAAAAGUGUCUCUACUUUUAAUUUGAAAGUUGAUGUAAGAAAAGCGUAAAGGAGAUGUCUGCUCUACCUGGUGCAAUUACAAGUUGGUCUUCAUAUUGUUGUCUAGGUUAAGAAAUCGUAUUUCAACUAUUUAAAUAUUUUGCAAUUGUUGCAUGGAAUUUAGUACCUAAAACCAGUUUUCUUUCCUCUCAAACAGAUGAUGAAUACUUUAAUGGCUUGAAUUUGGUUGGGUGUUUUCCUAUAGCUUUAGCCUUUUAUUCACAUUUUUAACUCGUAUGGUAUUUAGAGGAAGAAACUACGUUUUAUGUCAUGUUAAAAGGUUUCGGAUGUAUUCCUCUUUACUCAUAGCAGGGCUUUCAGUGCGUUGGAUGAAUGACAACACAUGAUCUGAUCACCAACUGCUCUUCCACUUGACUGAAAGUCAGAACAAGAACACUUUCCACAGACCAAUAACUGUGAUUCAAUCCUGUCAAUCUGAAUCAGUCCUCAAAUUCAGUCAAUAGUGGGGGUGGCAAGGAUGAUCAGAGACCAGAUUCACAAGCUCACUGUCAUUGGUCUGAGGGGAAGGUCCAUCAUCACAGAUGUUGUGUUUUAUAUAAUCCUGAUAAACUGAUUAUUUUACAUACAUACACACAUGUAUAUGUGGCUAUGGUUACACUACGAAAAACACAAUUUUCUAGAUAGCUUAGCCAAAAAAAGAUCAUAUUCAGGAAAAUAUAUAUUCAGAAUGUAUGAAAUAAAAGUUGAAUUUAAACAGAAUUUUACAAUAUAAACACUUGGAAUACUUACUGUUCAUUUCUGUUAGCUUACCUUCUGCUAUGUCUUUUAGCUGCCUCCUUAGGGGUCGCUAGUAAAGCAAAUCAUCUUCUUCCUCACUCGAAGAUGGAGAUUGUGAGUCACGUUUGCUUUUCUUAAUCUCCAGUCUGUUUUUUUUUUUAAACCAAACCCGAACUCUUUGAUUUUUAGAACAAAAAACACACCUCUUUUAACUAAAAACGUAACCUAACUUAUCCCUAUUAUCUAAAAUGUAGUUUUUUGGCGAACUGGACGGAGACAACUUCGUCAUCUGGAGAAUGUUCCCGCCGGUGACAAAAAAAAAUUGCAUAGUAAUGACGUCACAUCCUCCCGCUUGAUUGCUUUAUUUAUUUAUUUUUAAACCAAACUACUGUGCGAAAACUAAAUAAAUAAGUGUGAAAGAGAGCGUUAAAAAUUCGGAGCAUAUUAUUGUUUAUUAUUAGGGAAAAAUCUUUAUAAAAGAGCAAAGAAAAGCUAUUUUCCUAGGCUACUUCCGGAAUCUAGUUACCAAAAUAAUGUUACGAUGUCUGAUGCUUUGAGUAUCAAAGAGAAUUCACACAAUUCUGACGAUUUUUCUUUUAACUUUCUAAUAUUUAAAUCAAAUAAUUUACAUAAUGCCUUAUAAAAAUACUAAGGCAUGUUUCAAAUACAUUCACGUUAAGGAUUUAGCAAAAGGGUGCUUUGUUUUUGUUUUUAGUUUUAAAGCAUAAAAAUUAAAAAAAUUCUGAAUAUCAAUUUAUUUGGAAUAUGAUCUUUAUUUGGAGAUUACUGUGCAUGUAAAACUAACUGGUGACAUCAGAUGUACAGUAGAAUUAUGUUGCUGUGGCAUCAUGCGGGGCUGCUUUACCAAGACCUUUUUUUUUCAUAUAAUCAUAGUUGAAAACAGUUCUUUUGAGUCUCCAUGCUAUAAGGGGCUUGAAGUUGGGCAACUUUGUUCAUUAUAAAUACUCAGGUGCCUUACAGUUUGAUUGUCAAAGAACUGUGUGAAUAUCUUUCUGGGUUGAGGUGUGCUGAAGUGCUGCAACCCCCUUUCAGAGUGCAAGUUUGUACCGUCACAAAGGGCUGGAAACUGGGGACAAGUUAGAUUGAGCUGAAUGAAUUUACAUCAUUUUACAGGCAAAAACAUUAUACUGUAAGAAACUUUAGCACAACAUGAUCUAAAAGUCUUGAAAUCAAACAAAUAUUUGGCAACACCUUUAUUCUUCCAUGUAUUUUAAUGGCGUGCUUACAUCAUUUUCAAAAGAUCAGAAUAAAGGUAAGAUGUGAAUUGCAGAAAUGUGUAUAUUGUGGAAAAAAACUUGAUCAGCAAAAAAAAAAAAAAAAGACUUGCAAUAGUUUUAAAAGGAAGAGAAAUGGGUCAUGUACAGCUUUUUACCUCGUGGUUGAAUGUUUACGUAGAUACGGUUCAGCUGUUUUCUGGAUUUGGAGAUUUCAUUGUCAUGUCUGUGUACUAUGCAGCAGUAUUUUAGGUUGCUGAUCAGCUUCUGUUCAGGGCAGUCCUGAGAGUGCCAUCAUCAAGAAAAUGUGUCAGCUAGCUUCUUGUAAAACAGGGUAAAGAGGGAACAACUUUCAUCUCAUAUUCUACGCUGAUCGCUCACAAUGUUUAUUUAUAUAAUUUAACUGCUGCACUAAAGAGCAAGACUCACAAGAGUAUUGGUGCUGAAAAAAAUAAUAUGUCCAGACUUUUUAUUUUGUUUAGCUUUACUGAUUUUAAUUCUGACAAUCAGCACAAUCACAUACACACAAAUGUUCAUUGUCAUAUUUGCUACUGCUCACUUCAUGGACUAGUGUUGGUAAUUCUUUUUUUUCUGGUUGCAAAGUUAUAUUCCUGUUGCUGUCCUUUUUCAUGAAUUAUGUGUCUGUAAAUGCCUUUAGGAGUCUGUUUUUACAAGCCUCACACAAGCUCUGAGUGAGUGUCUGAUUCAAGCAAUAAAUCCACUGUCUUGUUUUUGGUUGACACAGUUUCUGGACGUUUUUAUGAAACCUCUCUGACAUGUUUUGGAAAAACUUUCAGCUUUAUUUCCACAAAACUCCCAUUUUCUAUUUGUUUUUUGGAAGUCUUGCUUUAGGGUCUCUUCAUCUAGGUGAAGUGUUUGGCACAUGGAAAACCAGGCUAAAAAACUCUGAUCUGGGUCUCUGAUGUCACAGAUUAUUGCAGUUUUGUAACCGUAUUUUUCAUGCGUGCUGUGCCAAAAAGAUUUCCAAGGAAUUGUAACUUCAGACUCCUAAAUAUUUGUUUUCGCAUUGCAUAGUUCCCCUUUAAAGGUAAAACACUCCUUUAAAUUCUUAGACUUUGAGGAUGGUGUUGAAGAUUUCUCACCCGUUUUAAGUUUUAAAAUGAUCUCUUUUAUUCUGGGAAUUUUAAACCUUUGAGUAUCCAAGCUUGUGUCGGAUAACCUGAUUUGUUUCGCUCGUAACUUGUCAUUGUGAGCUCAGAUUAUAACAAGCUUUAAUGGCAAUUUUAUUUUGAAAUUUCCACCUCAUUGCAAUCUUCACCAACAUAAACAAACUUGACAUGAUUAAAACUCAGCAGUAAUGUUAAACUAUCAAAAGAGAAAAUGUUAGAUUGAAGCUUUUUUCUGUCAUGUUAUAAAAAUAGUUUCAUAAUGUACUUUCACUUGGAAAGCCGUUUUGCCUCCAAAAUAGAUUCCAGACAUUUUUCCACCAGUUUUUUUUAUGUCCUGCUUGUGUAAAACUGUCAGGAUCACUAGUUUUUCAUGAGGAGAAAAAAAGUGCAGCUUUGUUUUCCUUUGGUGGAGGAAAAAAAAAGUCUUCUGUCAUGGUUGUGGGUAUGAAACCUUAAAGGGCCAAACGUGCGCCCCGAGAGGUGAAGAAACAUUUGAAGUUACCUUAAAGCUAUUUGAAAUUUGUCAAAUAUAUCAAUACUGAUGAUGAACAUAAUGCCAAAUAUCCAGCAUUUGUACAGAAAUAUACAUAUAUAAGUAUAUACACAAAUAUAUAGAUGCCUAAUUUAAUUGGAACUAUUUUUAGCUCAUGUUUCUAUUGUUUCAUGUUUUUUUGUCAGCAUUGUUAUGUAAGAUCCUCAGAUAGCAUGCAAGAUAGUGGACAUGAAUGUAUUCUUUUGUAUUUUCAUUGCUGACCAUUAGAACAAAAGUCUACAAUCAAUUUGGGUUUUUGUUUUUUAACAGAAUACUUCAGUUUUCAAUUUGUUUAUCUAUAAAUAAAGUUUUUUCUUCUUCUUUCGAAUCAAUUAGUUUGACAGUUUUUGAUCACUUUACUUUUUGUUCCAAAAUCUAUGAAUAUUUUUGCCGCCACUAAUGUUAUCAAGCAUCUGUUGUAAAUAUUUAUGCAAAUUAAACUUUUUUCAUGAAAACA